GCGCAGAUGCGCACUGACAGGUAAUCAAUGCCUAUCUCCCAAUACGCAAUAUUUAUAACACGCCACAAUUUAAUAAAAAAAAUCAAUUUCCAAUACAAGCCGCCUCCAACUCGACCAGAAUGACCACAGAAAACGUUUUCAUCUUCGUGCCAAACAUAAUCGGGUACGCUCGAGUUAUUCUAGCCCUUAUAUCCUUCUAUUACAUGCCAACGAACUACGUACUAGCUGUGGUUUGCUACGUAACUUCGGCUUUGUUGGACGCUUUCGAUGGACAUGCGGCCCGCUACUUCAAUCAAAGCACUAAGUUUGGGGCCAUGCUGGACCAGCUGACCGACCGAUGCGGGACCAUGGGGCUGUGUAUGGUCCUGGCGAAGUUUUAUCCCGAUUACAUGUUUUGGUUCAUACUGUCGUGCUGCAUUGACAUUGCUUGUCACUGGAUUUAUUUACAUUCGUCUAUUCUCCAGGGGAAGUCUAGUCAUAAAUUUAUAGAUAUGUCGGAAAAUCCAAUUAUGAAUAUUUAUUACACUAACAGGACAGUUCUGUUUUGGAUGUGUGCUGGAAAUGAGGCUUUUUAUGCCUCUUUGUACUUAUUAUACUUCACUGAAGGACCUACUCUUAUUGGGUUAUCGCUAUUCCGGGUCGUUCUAUACCUAUCAGCCCCCAUAGCAAUCGUCAAAUCCGGCAUUUCCUUGCUUCAUCUCGUCGUGGCGUCAAAGAACAUCGCCAUCAUUGACAUAAACGAACGUAAAGAGGCUUCCAAACUCAAAUAAUAACAUUUAACAAACCCAACCAAAGAUCAUUCCUGUGUGCUUCAAAUAGUCAAUCGAAUAUAAACCGUUUAUUAAGUAGAAUACAAAAAGAAGUCCUACUCUAACAAUAAAUAAACGUUAAUUUUAGUCCC